AUGUACCGCCCCACUGGAGCUGGCACUGCCAUCGGCGAGUGCGAGUUCUGUCCUCGCGGGGUGUACGGGGACAGUCCUGGCCUCGUGACCAAGGCGUGCUCGGCUCCGUGUCCAAAGGGGACGUACAACGACAAGCUCGGGGCCAGGAGUAUAUUGGACUGCAAGCCGUGCCCCGCCGGCGUGUACGGGGCGAGCACUGGUCUCACCAAUAGCCAGUGCUCAGGGCCAUGCCCUAACGGCAAGUACAGUAUGGUAGAAGGCUUGCAGUCCAUGAGCGACUGCAUCGACUGUCCGUCGUUCUACCGCGGCCCACAGGGCUACAGAGGCAACGAUAUCACCAUGGACAACGGAGGAGGCUACCCAUGCGACAACUACCUCUACGGCAAGACCAUCGUCAAAGGCCGAGACGCCAACAACGACGCCUGGCUGACAGGAUACCUCUCGGAAGUCAGGCGACCGACUAACGCAGACAUUGUGGACAACACAACACCAUGGUAA